AUAGAUGUUAUUGAAGUUUCUUCUUGAUAAUAUCCAACCCUUCUCAAAGACAUGUGGGAUAGCUUGUCUAUUAAACCUUAACAUGGGUAUUGAGUAAAGAAUACCAAAUGUAUUAAAAACACCUUGUCUGUUUUUCAAGGACGACAUGAGCUAAGCAUGCCAGAGUUGGCUUGUGAAGCAUGCGCUGCGACAUGGACGACUGGGGUUGACGACCUUCUUCGGAGUGACUACUGGCCAGCUACCCUUCACUUCGCCACCAUUUAUGCCACAGAUGUUUUCUUCUCAUUUGAAGAAAUGAAAAUGGCUGCACCUGGACUAUCCUUUCAGGCAUUUAAGGAUGCUCGAUCAGCGAACGUUGCGCUUCGGCCGUACUGGGAAGAUCUCAACUGACAGCUUCAUCAAAAGUUUCUUUGAGUGGGAGGCUGUGCGUUAUGAGGUCGACAUCAUGUGCAAGGAGGAGCCCUUCACCUGUCCUGCGUGUAGCCCUGAUAUGCUUGCAGUUUCCGUGGAUGGAAACCGCAAGCAUUACCGUUUCAAGAAUGCAGCUAGAUCUGAGGAACAGGCCAUCUUUGACGGUGUCUUUAUAGCCAGGGAUGAAGACGUCUCAAGAUUUGUGGACUAUAUACACACCACAACCAAACAUGUCUCCGGAAGAGGUGUUUGUGGAGGACAGUGGUCGGCAGCCAGAGAGACCUCCCAAAAAUCAGCCGGCAAGCUGGAUGAGGAGGGACUAGAGCUUGCCGUCUGUCGACAUGGAGUGCUCCUCUGUGCUCUCAAUAUGUACAGGGGAGAAAUCUUUGCUUAUCCCCUGUACCUACAGAAAAAGCUGGCCAGUAGUAUGUUCUUUUGCAUGGAUGUGACCUGCAAAUAUUGGCCCUACCUCCAGAGAAUCACAAAAAGCUGUCCAGAGCUCCAGCAUCUUCUCGACAUGAAGCCCUUUCUCUCAGUGUUUCAUGCCAAAGUGCAUGACUUCAAAUGUGAAGUGAAAUGGAGUGGGGCAUAUCAAGAGGGGGCUGGACUAACCCUAGGGGAGGAGGUGGAACAGGUCAAUGCCUUCCUCUCUCGGAUAGCAGUGACCACAAAACACAUGUCAAAAGCAGGACGUACAGACAUGCUGACGCUGAUGGCCAUGCGCUGGAAUCAGCAAAAAGUCAGCAACUUGGCCACCUCACUGUCCCGCAGAUAUCUGAAGACCACAAAAGCUCUGGAAAAGCAAUUGCAGAACCUGGAGUCCAUGAACGCUGAGUUGGCAGUGACUGAAAAGCAGCUGGAAGACUGGAUCAGAGAUGUGAAUGAGUGGGCAGAAACAACAACAAACAACCCAAGGGAUGCUGCUGCCUUGGCCAGCAAGAUCGAAAUGCUGACAGUAAGUGUCAAGAGAUGUUCGCAGCGUCUCUACAAAGACACAGACAGCAACAAAGGUCGUUCCCGGAUCCGCCGCAAGAUCAGGGAUGAGAAAGGGGUCCUGACAGCCACAGUUGAGAAAUACAACUCAAUGGUUCCAAGCACAGAAGCGCUGUGCCUCGAAGCCAUUCUGUCUGUGGAGAAAGCUUGGCCAUGGCAGCUACCAAACAGUGACUCUUUCGACCUCAGGACAAAGAGAAGAGCAUUCGACCUUGUCAUGGCAGUGAAGAGACUACAGGAGGAGAAGAAGAUUCUCGUCACAGAAAUGAACCAACACUGGAAGGUCCUUUCAACCCGCAGUGAUUCCCUGAAAAAGAUGUCCUGCCUGCAAAAUUCACCAUUGGGCCUGAGCGAAGACGGGAUGAAAGGUCUCCAGAGCAUGUUUAGGAAAAAGCAGCACGACAUCGGAGAAAUGAAGACUCAUGCUAGACGAUGCUAUCUGCAGCUUUUGACUGGAGCAGAGACCAUCAGCUUCUUGCAAAGUCUUUCAGAUGAGUCUUCUGACUGCGACUCUGACAGCUCUGAUGACACACGGUGAAGCCCCCUCCAGACUACCUUCUAU